CUGACGUCAUGCGCCCGUCAAUUUAUUUAUUGUGCAAUUUCUAGAAAACACGGUCGACACGAACUGACAAGAACACACUCGCUUAUUGUUACAACUUGUGAUUGCGCGAAUAUGUCUCUCAACACGGCGCAUUUGAACGGCGGUGUCCUUAUUCACAACGGCGAAAUCAUCUUGGUGUACAGCGACCAUACGACAGUAGAAUGGUCCGGACAAGACGCGCCCCCAUUCAAAGGCGCCAAGCACGGCCGCAUCUACUUGACAACGCAUCGUGUCAUCUUCAACAGCAAGAAUUCUAGCGAUGCGAUGCAGUCGUUCAGCUUUCCAUUCGUGACGCUCAGCGACGUGGAGUUGGAGCAACCAAUCUUUGGUGCCAACUACAUCAAGGGUAAGGUGCGCGCCCAGCCGAACGGCAACUGGGCCGGCGAGGCGAAGUUCAAGAUUCUGUUCAAGCAUGGCGGCGCCAUUGAAUUCGGGCAAGCCAUGUUAAAAGCGGCACACUUGGCCACACGCAUGGCGAAUCAACGCGAAGCACCGCCGCCGUACGUCCCACCCGAAAGUCAAUGGUACCAGGCGCCUCCGCCAGCAUACGCACCGCCACCACAGGGCUACUACGGUUGGAUGCCACCCUCGCAGGCCUUUCCCGAUCAGCCGCCGGCCAACAGCGUGUUUAUGACGGACGCGCCGCCGCCCUAUCCUGGUAUAAACAGCAUGCAACCAGGCGGGCCACCAGAUCGCACAGCGCCGCCAGCCGGCUUCCAUUAUCCGCCGCAGCAGGGUAACGCCGCCGGUCCUGCGCCCGGCUUCAGCGCCGGAGACGCGAAGGCAGCGGAGGCCGCGCAAUCCGCGUACUACGACCCCAACCGGCCGCAGAUGGCGUACGUGCCGCCGCCGUCGUACUACGAGCAUCCGCCCACUUACGACGAGGCGACUCACAAAAAACAGCAAUAAUUAUUGCGCCCGCUACAGCCUUGCCUAACGAUGAUAACCAACGCUAGAGCGGUAGAGGGCGGGAGGGCAUGCACGAUACCACGUUUACUGCAGAACAUUUCGGCCGCACGGUCCCGACGCAUUCCAGUAUUUAAUGGACCAAGUGUCGGCGUCACAUGCGAGUGGGUGCACCAGGCGUACUCGCGUUUCUCACUUGUUGUUUGUUUUGUUUCUAUUGGCCGCGAGUACGUCUGGUCGUCUCGCAACGACCCUGCCUCCUCAAGCGCACUGUACAUUGUAUGUAUUUAGGGCUCAAAUUAAAUACGGCUAGUGAAUCAAAUCGCGCGGCGCAACUCUAUUUAGUUUGAGCCGUAUUUAGAUUCGUGCUAAUCGCGAACGGGGCGCCCUCUGGCGGGCCUCCGUGCGUGUAUCGCUUGUAAACUUGCAGCACCUAUAGAGUUGUUAUUCGAAUUGCUAUUUACAUAUUCGUACGCAAACAGAUUAUUACAACCUACACAUGGCAGAAUGUAUUGUGACUGUUAUCAAAAUGUAUAUCUAUUUUACGCAAAUAAAAUUCCUAUGCGGAUGCA